CACUACUCAUUUUCUCAAUUCUUGAAUAUCCUUCUUUUCCGUCUUCCAGAAAGAAAAUCAAUUCUUCAUUCCAAGAAAAAUGGCUAUUAGGAAAUCAAACAAGUUGUCACAAAGUGCAGUAUUGAAGCAAAUUCUAAAAAGGUGUUCAAGAUUUCUAAAAAGGUGUUCAAGUUUGGGAAAGAAAAAUACUAAUGCAUAUCAAGAGGAUCAACAAGGACUAUCGAUGGACGUACCAAAAGGACAUUUUGCAGUUUACGUUGGAGAAAAUAGAACAAGGUCCAUUGUUCCAAUAUCCAUCUUGUCACGACUCGAAUUUCGAGUACUCCUGCGAAAGGCUGAGGAAGAAUUUGGAUUUAAUCAUGACAUGGGACUUACAAUCCCAUGUAACGAAGAUUUUUUCGAAUCUCUAACUUCAUCAAUGCUAAGGUAAAUAAAUAAGAUAAAAUUAGUCGAGUCAGUAAAUUUCAACCAAAGAAUAAAAAGGGUAGUGCAAGAAGAUGAUGAAGAAACUUGGAGUUAGUGUAAAGUAUAGGUGGAGCUACUAGGUUAUCUGAAGUAAAUUUUAUUGCUUCCGUUCUUUUUU